ACCAUAGGCACAUUGUCCCACGACCUCUUUUCUUUUCAGUGUGGUUUCUGCAAUCUGCUUAAUUUGCUUUAUCAUGACUCUGUCUUUCCUUUUUUGUUCUUCUCGUUCUCGAUCAAAGCCUUUGAGCAAUGCAAGUGCUUCUGCAUCUCAUCCCUUACCUGUUAGACCAGAUCCUCAGCUCUUGGAAGAUUCUGAAUCAACGCAACCUAAGGAUAAUCUAGUACGCUUCCAUUUCUUGAAGCAACCCAAGCCAUGGAUCACCUACACAAGCAGUUCUAAAACAGCCUGGAAGCAUGAUGUGUUUUUGAGCUUUAGGGGUGAAGACACCCGCCAUGGUUUCGUAUCUCAUUUAUACGAUGAAUUGGAAAGCACCGGAAGAAUUAAAACAUUCAAGGAUGACCAAGGGCUGCAAGCAGGGAUGUCAAUUUCUCCAAGUCUCCUCAGGGCGAUUGAACAAUCAAAGCUGGCAAUUGUUGUUUUGUCGCCAAACUACGCUUCUUCUCCAUGGUGUUUGGAUGAGCUUACACAUAUAUUUCAAUUCAUGGAAGGCAGAGACAGAAUUCUGCCAAUUUUUUAUCAUGUGGAUCCAGCUGAUGUACGACAUCAAAGGGGGAGUUUUGCAACAGCUUUCACUAAUUAUGAAAGAAAGUCUAGGCAAAGCGAAGAAAAGUUGUAUCAGUGGAGAGCUGCCUUAAAACAAGUGGCCGAUAUAUCUGGGUGGAAUACAAAGAACUUUGGGUCCGAGAGUGAGCUUGUCAAACGCAUUGCGAAAGAUGUCAGCAGUAAAACAACACUUGAAGUUCAACAACGGCCCGUCGAAAUUGAUAUUACCAUCCCGUCCACCCGAGAGUUUAGAAUAUUUGAAUCAACAAGACAGGCCAUGGAUGAGCUGAUUAAGGCGCUGAUAGAUGAUGAGGUCACCAUCGCUGGGGUUUAUGGCAUGGGAGGUGUUGGCAAGACAACCAUGGUGAGAAAUGUUGCUCUACAAGCACGAAAAAAUGGGCUCUUUGAUCAUGUGAUUGUGGCUGUCGUAUCCCAAGACCCCAACUUUAGAAGGAGUCAACAGCAAUUGGCAGAGCAGCUCGACUUGAGAUUGGAGGGGACGGAAUCUGAAACAGCCGAUAGAUUGAAGGAGAGGAUAAUGGAAGGAAAGAGGAUCCUUAUAAUCUUGGACGACAUUUGGGAAAGCAUAGACUUGUCACUUAUAGGAAUUCCCAACCCCGAUGAGCUUAAGCGACGCAACUCUAAAGUCCUAAUCACCACAAGAAGAUUGGAUGUUUGCCGCUCCAUGAAGAGCCAAGCAAGUUUUCUUCUCAGUAUAUUAUCUAAAGAAGAUUCUUGGAAACUUUUUGUGGAUUGUUCGAGAAUAUCUUUUGAUGAAUCUACCAAUAUCUAUCGAGCGAGGGCGAUAGUUAGAGAAUGUGGUGGUCUGCCCGUUGCAUUGAAAGCAAUUGCACGGGCACUUCAAGAUAAAGACAUGGCUGAAUGGAAUAUAGCAGUUCAACAAUUGAGGGCAUCUCAAAUUGCCAGUCUUGAUGAUCAGGGUCCUGCGUUCAAAUGUAUAAAGUUAAGCUAUGACUACUUGAGAUCUGAUGAUGCCAAAUCAUUCUUCUUGCUUUGCUCCCUAUUCCCAGAAGACUAUGAUAUCCCUAUCAAAGACUUGUUCAAGUAUGCUAUCGGGAACGGAUUGCUUCGAGAAGCCGCCACAAUCCAAGAAGCCAGAGAUAGAGCAAAUUCGGUGAUCAAGUACCUCAAAGCUUCCAGCUUACUUUUGGACAGUCCAAAGGAGGGAUGCGUAAAGAUGCAUGAUGUUGUUCGGGAUACAGCCAAGUCAAUUCCAAGGUAUGAGGAUGAUCAUGGAUUUUGCGUAAAAGCUGGUUGUGGAUUAAAGGAGUUUCGAGGGACCACUGGGCAUGGAGACUGCUCUGCCAUCUCACUAAUGAUGAAUGAUAUUGAUCGGCUUCCUGAAGAGUUGGUAUGUCCAAAACUCCAGAUUUUGUUACUACAAAACAAUGUUCAUAUAGAUGAGAUCCCAGAAACUUUUUUUUGAAGUUCGAAGGCACUAAGGGUCUUAGAUAUUAGCUUCUCUAGAAUUUCAUCACUACCCAGGUCAUUUAGUUUCCUAACCAACCUCCGAGCUUUGUUUUUAGACCAUUGCAAUGAGUUGGUUGACAUAUCAAUAUUCGGAAACUUGAAGAAACUUGAGAUUCUUAGUAUGAUAGAAUUUCCUCUCAAGGAGUUACCAAAAGAGAUGGGAAAUUUGACCAAUCUAAGGAUGCUGGACUUAAGUGGGAGUUACAAUAUUGGUAUAUUUCCAUAUAGUGUGCUGUCAAGAUUGUGUAAAUUAGAAGAACUGUACAUGCAAUGUAAUUCUGGGAACUGGGGAAGCAAAAUUCAUGGAGGAGAAGAAACUAAUGUUGGUCCUGAUGAGUUGAUUGGCUUGCCACUUUUAAACACCGUGAAGCUUCGCAUAUCUGAUGCAGAAUGCUUGCCUAAAAAUCUUUUCUGGGAUUGGCAUUUGUUACCUUUGAUAUAUGUAUCAGCAGAGAACCACCAUCUAGAGAACCAAUUUUCUCACACGAUCAUUCAAGGACCCUGACUCUUAACACAACAAUCAACAGCUUACCAGAUUGGUUUAUCAACACAGUGACAGAGAAAGCAGUGAAACUACAGUACCUAAAGUGCAGGGGAUUAAAGAACAUUCUUGUGGAACAUAACAGAGGCAGAUUACA